CCUCCAUCCCUCCACCCCGGUGUCCCCCUUUGCCCCCAAGUGUCCCCGUGUCCCCCCCGUUCCCCUGUGCCCCCAGUGUCCCCCGGCGUGCCCGCGGCGAUGCCGGAGGCCGUUCACUACAUCCACCUGCAGAACUUCAGCCGCUCGCUGCUGGAGACGCUCAACGGGCAGCGGGUGGCGGGGCAGUUCUGCGACGUCACCGUGCGCAUCCGCGAGGCCUCGCUGCGCGCCCACCGCUGCGUGCUGGCCGCGGGCAGCCCCUUCUUCCAUGACAAGCUGCUGCUGGGCCACUCGGCCAUCGAGGUGCCGCCCGUGGUGCCCUCGGCGGCCGUGCGGCAGCUGGUGGAGUUCCUGUACAGCGGCAGCCUCGUGGUGGCACAGUCGGAGGCGCUGCACAUCCUCACCGCGGCCUCGGUGCUGCAGAUCAAGACGGUCAUCGACGAGUGCACCCAGAUCAUCUCGCAGAGCCGCGGCCCCGCCGUGAUGCCCCCGGCCCAGAAACUGCCGCCGGGGCCGCCGGCGGAGCUGGAGAACUUCUCGGAGCCGUUGCCGAGCGGCCACAGCCGGAAGCAGCGGCAGCCGCUGCGCCUCGCGCCGACGCUCAAGGAGGAGGAGGAGGCGAAGGAGGAAGAGGAAGAUGAGGACGGCGGUGCCCAGGAGGGCGUUGUCCCGCCCGGUGCGGCCCUCCCGGCUUUCCCGGCACCAGACCCACCAUUUUUCGGUGCCCCCGAGGCAUUCCCAGACACGUUCCUGGCACCCUGGGCCGGCGACGACGGCGGCACCGCAUUCGGGGCAGAGCGUGGACGGGAGGCACUGUGCGGGGACGGGUUUGGGUUUGGGGCACCCCCGGCAUUGCCGCCACCCUACGAGGGUGGGACAGAGGCGGGGGGAGCCCCCCCAGUGCCCACGGUGCCCCCAGUGGGGCCCCUGCGCGGCCCCCAGCCCCCCUACCAGUGCGGGCACUGCCAGAAGAGCUUCAGCUCCCGCAAGAACUACACCAAGCACAUGUUCAUCCACUCGGGUGAGAAGCCCCACCAGUGCUCCAUCUGCUGGCGCUCCUUCUCCCUCCGGGACUACCUGCUGAAGCACAUGGUGACCCACACGGGCGUCCGCGCCUUCCAGUGCGGCGUCUGCUGCAAACGCUUCACCCAGAAGAGCUCCCUCAACGUCCACAUGCGAACCCACCGCCCCGAGCGCUUCCAGUGCCGCCUCUGCACCAAGGGCUUCUCCCACCGCACCCUCCUGGAGCGCCACGCCGCCGCCUCUCACCCCGGGCCCCCCCCGGGGCCCCCGCCGGGGCCGCCACCGCUGCCGCCGGAGGCCGGAAUGGCCGCGUGGCCGGGGACUGACGCCGCGGGCGCCGGCCCCGCUCACACGGCGUGA